AUGUCCUAUUCCGUCAAGGAUCGUUUUGCAGUUGUUACCGGUGGUGGUUCCGGUAUCGGCCACGCACUUGUUCGACUGCUUCUCAACGCAGGAUGCUCCGUCGCCAUUGCUGAUCUCAAGCUUCGCCCUGAAGCCCAAGCUACUGUCGACGAAUUCUCCCAAUCCUCCGACGGCAAGGGCUCGGUUUUCUUCCACCAAACCGACGUCUCCGACUGGGCCCAAAUCUCAGCCCUAUGGAAUGCUACCCUCGAAAAGUACGGUCGAAUCGAUAUACUGGUUAAUUGCGCUGGAGUUUAUGAGGCACCGGGACUCUCCUUCUGGAACCCCCCCGGUAUCUCGCCCCUGGCUGAGGACCCCGAGGAUGCCAAGAUUGGCCAGUACAAGAUCUUCUCCAUCAACACUGUCGCUCCAAUCCGACUAGCUCAAAUUGCUAUCGACUACUGGAAACAAAACGAAAUUCAGGGUAACUUGUUAUUCGUUGCUAGUAUGGGUGGUUACGUACAUUCUAUGCAAACUCCGUUGUACUUUGCCAGCAAGGCCGCACUAGUGAGUAUGGUCAAGUCGCUAGGUGGAUUGAAGAUGGCCCUCGGAAUUCGCAAUUCUGCCAUCUGUCCUGGAGCUGUCUUUACACCUAUCUUUGAACCCGAGUACUGUCGUGAUAGACUAAAGGCCGAUGACAUUGCAUUGAGUGCUGAGGAUGUUGCCAACUUGUCCAUGAAGGUACUUCAAGAGGCUGAGUACGGAAACGGAAACAUCAUGGAAAUCAUGAUGAUUGGAACCAAGGAGGAGCCAGAAGUUCAUGUUGCUGAGGUAGACCUGAUGGCUUUGUACCCCAAGAUCAACCCUAUUGGAGAGCGUGCUAUUGCAGAAGAGAUGAAGUUCUACGGAAAGGUGAAGGAGAGCGGCAUGCGAUCUUCACUUUCAUAG